AUGGGAUUACCCUAUACUUUAAAACAUCUAGAAAUUAAGUCAUGUGAUAUGCUCAUAAAAAAUCGCAUGAAAUGGAAUUUACAAAGACUCACAUCGUUGACGGAGUUAAAUCUUUGGGGAUAUGGAGGAGUAGAUUCAUUUCCAGAAGAAUGGUUGCUCCCAUCUUCUUUAACUCAUCUUCGGAUCCGUGGAUUUGGUAAGCUUACAGCUCUAAACGGCAAAGGUUUUCACCACCUCACCUCACUUCGACGAUUGGAACUUCAUCUCUUGGAAAAGCUAGAGUGUUUGCCAGCAGAAGGACUGCCCCAGACUCUUACUGCUUUGACAAUAUCAGGUUGUCCUCUGUUAGAGCCCAGGUGCAAGGAAGGAGCAGGGUUUAUAUUUGCAAUUUAUAACAAUUUGAUAGACUGGAUUGGUCGUUUACCAAUACAGAUGGCCAAAAGUGAGAUUUUUCCUUGUUUGAAGCAAUUUUCUUUAAGAAGUUGUGGGAAGAUAAAUGUGGCAUUACCUAUCGCCUUUUCUUUAAAAAGUCUACGUAUCAUAUCAUGUAAUAUGCUCAUGGAAAAUCGCAUGAAAUGGAAUUUACAAAGACUCCCAUCGUUGAUUGAGUUAUAUCUUAAGAAUUAUGGAGGAGCGGUGGAUUCAUUUCCAGAAGAAUGGUUGCUCCCACCUUCUUUAACUCAUCUUUGGAUCCAUGGAUUUGAUAAGCUUACAGCUCUAAACGGCAAAGGUUUUCACCACCUCACCUCACUUCGACGAUUGGAACUUUAUUCCUUGAAAAAGCUAGAGUGCUUGCCAGCAGAAGGACUGCCCCAGACUCUUACCGUUUUGAGUAUAUUUGGUUGUCCUCUGUUAAAGCCCAAGUUCAACGAAGGAACAGGGGAAGAUUGGCCCAAGAUUCAACACAUACCUAACUUAAACACAGAUCACUGGUACGCCACGUGA